AUGAUGCCGAAUUCAGCGCGCGGUGUAACGGGCCGGCCGUCGAAUGCGCCAAAAGUGUGGGUCGACCCAAUAGGCCCCUCGCCCCCACCGCUGCGUGAGGAAGCAUACUCGCUUCCGGCGCUACGGCCGAGGAGUACGUGGAAGACGUAUCCGCGUACUAUCAGCGGCCAAUGUACUGUGAUUGGACCACGGAGUGUCUCCUGGAAGAUAAAAGAAACC